AUGGAAGUGGCGGCGAGUUUGGUGACUGUUGGUCUCCUGGAUCGGAGCAGACGUCUGGUAGCAGGAAUCCGGAGGAGCUCGGCAGAGCUCCAGGAAGUUUACGAAGAGGAGAGCGACCUGACUGAGGAUGGCGUGUGUGCCCCGCGUCCCAGGGAGUCACAGGUGUGUGAGCAGGAGUCUCGGCGUCUCCAGACCCGGGUGAAAUCCCCCCCCUCUCGUGACGUGAAUGUAUGGCUGAAGAGGCCCCCGGGUCAGCAGCCUCAGCCGGCAUCUCAGACUGAAUGGGGAGUCUUUGGUUCUGUGUACCGAUGCCUGAGCCCCCGUAUCCUCGCCCCUUUCCUGUCUCUGGUGGUAUCGAGAGAACUUUGCGUCUCCUCAGCGUCUCACUCCUACGUCCUGCCCACGUAG